AUGACGAGCAGCAGAUCAACGUCGCCCUGCCCAAGCUGCAGCAGCGUCUUCUCGUCCGUCCACAAUAUGAAGGCACACGGCCGACGCACUAACCCUGGCACUCCAAUCGUUGCAGAAGGCCUCACACGUGGAUUCUGCGACAGCUCCACGGUCUUCCCAACAAGUGCCUCACGCGCAGGUCACUACCGGAAAUGUCAAGCGUAUCAACGAGCAAAAAACGGACAACGCAACUCUGCAAGCUCCAAUGACAGCCGUAGCCCUUCAGCCACUCCUCCGCUACUGCAACCCCGACCAGCCGCUGAGCCCCGACAAUACACGGGAGGCCCUGCCGCACACGCUGUGGGAAUGCCGCCGUCCUCGAAAACUCAGCAUCCGACUAUUUGGAAACACACCCUCUCGCACGACAGCAUCGUUCAGAAAGAAGGAAAACCUGGCCACAUCGCUACGGACAGCCCGCAGGCCAUUAACGAACAGUGGCAGCAAAGUAUAACAAAACAAACAUUUCCCUUUUCUCAGCAUAGAAAAACAAUGUCACCUUCACACUCGCAAUUGCCACCAAUGAAUUCAUUGCGCAAUACCGCUCUGAGCUGCAAUACUUCCUGGUACCAUCCAGGUCCCUUGUCGACACAUUGA